CUCAGCACCACCGCGAGCAGCGGCCGAGAGAGAGAGGUCUUCACCGGCGGUGGUGUUGAAAUCGCUGAUUAAGACUUCUCUCUCUUUCUUUGCUCGAAGGAAUCUCGCAUCUUUCUUUGCUUUAUCAUUCUUUCCUUGUCCAAUCGAUAUUAUCUUUUAAUCGACAGAACCAGCGAUACCCUUUCACUUCAUUUUUUUUGCAGCCUAGCCAGAAGAAGAAGAAGAAUUUAUCCUCGUUUUUACAUCCCCAAAUAGUUAACUAAUGCAGUCUACCAACAUCCUUCACCAUCUUCAACACUGUGCUAGGUACCGAACCCCUCUUCAAGGAAAACAACUCCAUGCCCACCUCAUCAAAUCCGGUCUUUAUCAGUGGAGGCAUCUUUCGAACAACCUCUUGGAUGUCUACGGAAAAUGUUCUCUUCUUCAAAGUGCACACCAAGUGUUCGACGAAAUGUCCCACCGAGAUUUGGCUUCAUGGUCCUCUCUUUUUACUGCCUUUAACCAAGCCAAUCUCCCAAGCUAUACCCUCACUAACUUCCCCUACAUGUUUGUGCAGGAUGGUUUAUUACCUGACCAUUUUAUCUUCGCCAGUUUAGUCAAGGCAUGUGCUGCAUUGGGAUUCUUAAGACUGGGCAAACAAUUUCAUGCUGGUUUUAUCUUUUCCUCAUUUUCUAAUGAUGAUGUUGUCAAAUCCUCCCUUGUUCAUUUGUAUGCUAAAUGUGGAGUGCCCGAUUUAGCAAGAGUAGUAUUUGAUUCAAUUCUGAAGAAAAAUUCGAUUUCUUGGACAUCAGUAGUCUCUGGUUAUGCUAGAUUGGGACGAAAGGCUGAAGCUGUUGAGCUUUUGAGAGGUAUGCAAGAGAACAAUUUAUUCACUUGGACAGCUUUAAUUUCUGGAUUAGUGCAAAGUGGGCAUUACAUUGAUUCGUUUAAUUUCUUCAUUGAAUUGAGAAGGGAAGACAUAACUAUUGAAGAUCCUUUUAUCUUUUCAAGCAUUGUUGGGGCAUGUGCUAAUUUUCCAGCCUUGAAUCUUGGGAAACAGAUCCAUUGUUUAGUUCUAGUUCUAGGAUUUGAAUCUUAUUUAUUCGUAGGUAACGCUCUUAUUGACAUGUACGCUAAAUGCAGUGACAUGCUUGUGGCUAGGAAAAUAUUCGAUAGUAUGAGCAUAAGAGACAUAGUUUCAUGGACAUCUAUCAUAGUCGGAAUGGCUCAACAUGGAAAUGCAAAGGAAUCGUUGUUUUUAUAUGAUGAAAUGGUUUCAGAAGGAAUAAAACCUAACGAAGUGACAUUCGUAGGAUUAAUGCAUGCUUGUAGUCAUGUUGGUUUAGUUGACAAAGGUCGUCACCUUUUUAAAUCAAUGAGUAAGGAUUACGGGCUAACUCCAUCUCUACAGCAUUAUACAUGUCUGUUGGAUCUCUAUAGUCGUUCAGGGCAUCUCGAAGAGGCAGAGAAUGUUCUCAAAUCAAUGCCUUUUGAACCUGAUGAAGCUGCUUGGGCUGCAUUGUUGAGUUCAUGUAAGCGACAUAGAAAUCAUGAGAUGGCUAUUAGAAUUGCGGAUCAUUUGAUGAGUUUGGAGCUGAAGGAUCCUUCGACGUACAUAUUGCUAUCGAACACUUACGCUAGUAAUUCCAUGUGGGAAAAUGUUUCUAAGAUUCGGAAUUUGAUGAUGGUUAAGGAUAUUACAAAGGAACCGGGUUAUAGUUGCAUUGAUUUGGGAUUGGAUUUGCAGGUAUUUUACGCUGGGGGAACAUCUCAUCCUUUGAAAGAUGAGAUCUUUUGUUUGCUUAAGGAAUUGGAUGAGGAGAUGAGGAGAAGAGGUUAUGUUCCUGAUAUAAGUGAGGUUUUACAUGAUAUGGACCAAAUUGAGAAAGAAAAACAGCUGUUUUGGCAUAGCGAAAGGGUGGCGGUUGCUUAUGGAUUGCUCAAGGCUGUUCCUGGUACGGUUAUAAGGAUAGUGAAGAAUAUUCGAAUAUGUGGAGAUUGUCAUACAGUGUUGAAAUUCAUUUCGGGUAUAGUGAAUAGGGAGAUUAUUGUUCGCGACGCUAAUAGGUUUCAUCAUUUUAAGGAUGAGAAGUGUUCUUGCGGAAACUUUUGGUAAUGGCUUGGUUUUUGGUUCGAUUUGGGUAUUAUAAGAUGUGAUUGUUGUUGGAAGGGACACCUUUAUAUGAGUUUUCACUAAAUUAAUUGAAGUAUUCAUUGUACACUAUUAUAUGAUUUGUUCCUUAUUCUAAGAUGGGAAUAACAACUUUUUUUUAAGUGAAUGUGGAGUUAUU